AUGGCGCGCGCAGUUAUAGUUUUAAUGUUAUUCCAAAUUCUAAGUUUCCCCAUUCUAACGCACAGCAAUGAUGAUAAUCCUUUCCUGGACCUCGCUUCAUCGUUCUUGCAGAAUAUGGGCGAUGGGGGGAGUAAUAAUAAUGGGAUGGCAGCUAUUGGCAAUAUCGUUGGCAGUUUAAUGCAAGGUGAUAAUGCUAAAAAUCUGGGCAGUCUAUUUGGACAGGAUAAUGGAAGCGCUGGUGAUGUUCUAUCAGGUUUGGGUAGCUUAUUGGGCGGACAAGAUGGUAAAAUCGAUCCAUCACUGGUCGGUACAGUGGUAUCAAUGUUCGCACAGCAAAUGGCAUCCAAUAACCAGCAAAACCAACGUCAAAAACGAGAAUCGGAAUCAAACGAUCUAAAUGUGGAAAGUAUUCUGAAUAUGGCAUCUGGAUUUUUAGGCAAUAAGAAUGCUGCUGGAAUUUUGCCUUUAGUCAUGAACACUUUAAGCGCAUUUUCGGAUGAACAGGCGAAUAAAAGAUCUGAUAGUCAUAAAGAUCAUUCAUCUUUCCUCCCCCCGUUCUUGGAAAAGGCUCAUUUGUACUGGGACUUGUUUAUAAAUUCCGAAUUAGGGAAGACGAUUUGGGAAAAGUCUGGUAUCAAAAGGGCUACGAAAUCCUUUACCGAUCCCGAUGGUAAUAUUAGUUUUGAGAUGAUGUUCAAGAGUUUUGAAAACCAUUCCUUCAGAAGGCAUUGGAUUAAGGCUGUUGCGAAAUAUUUGACUGAUAUGGUUGUUCACGUCGCUAAGCCGGAAGUCUACCAAAGGUACUUGACAUCAGCGCAAUACAUCAUAAACAGCUUCUUAGACAGCCAAGGCUUGCCAAAGUCGACCCACUUCAAUGUGAACAAGCCUGAGAAAUCCAUCACGGUGUUGACAAAUUACGUUCUCAGGAAAUACUUAGAUAUGGAUACAGAUGUCUCUGAAUAUGUCAAAUCAGCUGUGGCAUACAUCAAACAAACAUUAAAACUAGCCCAAACUGCCUCCCAGAACCUAGCCUCCAGAUCUGACUACCACGCCAUAGCUGACAGACUGACGGACACACUAAACUUAGAAGUUAUAGAACCAGUUUUAAGGGUGUACAGAGCUUACAAACAUUCAAAGGAGGCGCCUCAUUGCCAGGAACACUUAAUGUGCGUCGUUAAUAGGCAUCACGAUCAGGAUAAACAAGGUCUCCCAGGGUUUAAAGCUGGUCUAACAAAAUUAAGUAGUUUGGUCGCGUCAGCGGCUUUGAGCUUCCAAGAUGGUAAAGGUUUCUGGGACCUCUACAACGCGAUACAGAGUGACGUCAAUUGCGAGGCUAAAUAUCCAGCAGACUGCGCUGCCUUCCACGAACAUGAAUUGAAAGUAACAACAGAAGUAUAUCAUAGCGAAUUAUAA